UGCAUAAACAUUGCCGAGGGAACGUAUAGAUCCAAAUAGAAAUCAUGUUACCUCUCACUGAUGAUUGAAGUGGAUGAGUUUCCAUGUCCCCUUCCUCAACCAACACUAUAUAUUAAGCAGAUGCAUAUAGAGAGGAACAAAUCAAUCUCAAUUGUACAUUAACUACAAGGUCUUCUAUUCUAUCUUCUCACAAUACACCAAGAAGAAAUGGCUUCGCAUACUCGUUCUAACAGCUUACCCUCUAGGCCACACCCGAUCAUUGAAGAAGUUGAUGAACUUUUGUGUAGAUUGAGGUCUUCUGAGGCCACCUCCACAUCUUCAUCAUCAAUAUGCAACAAACUAAGUGGCCUCCAAGACUUGCAUGAUUCUGUUGAUAGGUUUCUUCAGUUGCCCCUCACUCAACAAGCCUUAGCCCAAGAGCAGAAUGAGAAAUGGACUAAUGAGUUGUUAGAUGGCUCACUCCGGCUGUUGGAUGUUUGUGGAACUGCCAAAGAUGCCUUGUUGCAAACCAAGGAAUGCGUCCAGGACCUUCAAUCGAUCAUGCGAAGAAGGCGGGGAGGUGAAACUGGAGCUCUUACAAGUGAGGUUAGGAAAUAUUUAACCUCCAGGAAGAUGGUGAAAAAGACAAUCCAAAAGGCUAUGAAGAAUCUCAAGGGAACCGAAAACAGAUCCACCUUCUCUUCCCUCAACAAGGAGAGUGAGACUAUUUCCAUUGUGAGUGAGUUGAGAGAUGUUGAAGCAGUCACUCUCGCAGUGUUCGAAUCACUGCUGUCCUUCAUCUCCGGCCCAAAAUCACAGCCAGACAGCAGCUGGUCAUUGGUCUCCAAGAUGAUGCAAUCAAAACAAGUAGCUUGUGAAGAAGAAACAGAAGUAAACGAAUUUGCAGGGGUGGAUGCUUCAUUGCAGUCACUCAUUGGACACAAGACAAGCAAAUCUCAUUCCCAAAGUGCAGAUAAUGCACACAACCAGUUGGAGAAGCUGGACGCAUGCAUUCAAGAUCAGGAAGACGGACUAGAGUGCCUACUUAGGCAAAUGAUAAAAACAAGAGUCUCCCUCCUCAACAUCCUAAACCACUAGAUAUUAGCUUUUUCGAUUUUGUACAUGAAAAACAUUACUUGUGUAUACAAAUACAUCCUCUGAUAUCAAAUUGAUUAUACAAAAUGAUAUACUCAUUUGCUUAAAUUCUCAACUAGUCUCUUUCUUUCUUGAAAAGCAUUCACUUUGGGAACUGAUCUUGAAUUCUUGCA